UACAGAACUAUGAUAGCAACUGGUGGAGUUAUAACAGGCUUGGCAGCCUUAAAGAGGCAAGACUCCGCUCGAUCUCAGCACCAUGUUAACCUUAGUCCAUCGCCUGCGGAUCAAGAGAAGAAACCAGUUAGACGAAGACCCAGGGCUGACGUCGUGGUCGUGCGGGGCAAAAUCCGGCUUUAUUCUCCAUCUGGUUUUUUCCUCAUUUUAGGAGUGCUGAUCUCAAUUGUAGGCAUUGCCAUGGCAGUCCUUGGAUAUUGGCCACAAAAAGAACAUUUUAUAGACGCAGAAACCAGGCUGUCGACCAAUCAAACCCAAGUGAUCAGAAACCAAGGUGGCAUCAUGGUUCGCUUCUUUGAACAGCAUUUACACUCCGAUAAGAUGAAAAUGCUCGGCCCUUUUACAAUGGGCAUAGGGAUUUUUAUUUUUAUAUGCGCUAAUGCCAUUCUUCACGAAAACCGUGAUAAGGAAACCAAAAUCAUUCACAUGCGAGACAUCUACUCCACAGUCAUAGAUAUCCACACGCUAAGAAUCAAGGAGCAGAAGUUGAUGAAUGGUGUCUACACUGGCUUAAUGGGAGAGACCGAAGUAAAACAAAACGGUAACUCCUGUGCCUCAAGAUUGGCAGCAAAUACAAUCGCCUCUUUCUCGGGUUUUAGGAGCAGUUUUCGAAUGGACAGCUCCGCUGAAGAGGAUGAACUGACGCUCAGCGAGAGCAAGAGCGGCAGCCACCUCAUGCCCCCUUUGUUAUCUGACAGUUCCGUCUCUGUUUUUGGUCUUUAUCCAGCCCAUAACAAGGCAGCCGAUGACAAAAACAGUGGCAUUAAAAAAUGUGAAACUAAGUCCAUUGUAUCGUCCUCCAUCAGCGCUUUCACGUUGCCCGUGAUCAAACUUAAUAACUGCGUUAUCGAUGAACCCAGCAUAGACAACAUCACUGAAGACUCUGAGACUAUCAAACGCAGGUCUCGGAAUUUAUCCAUGGAUUCACUGGCUGUUCCCUUAACCAACAUAAAUGAAUCCUACCAGAGAGCCAGUUUAGGGCUGCCACGGAAUGAUUCCGCAGGGGAAUCUCUCUCCAACCAGUACAAAUCUUCUGUGGCUCUUGGACCUCGAACGGGACAGCUUCUGUCCCCGGGGGCCGCUAGGAAACAGUUUGGAUCCAACACCUCCCUGCAUCUGUUGUCUUCCCAUUCGAAAUCCUUAGACUUGGACCGGGGUCCCUCCACACUGACUGUCCAGGCUGAACAACGAAAACACCCAAGUUGGCCUCGGUUGGAUCGGAGUAACAGCAAGGGGUACAUGAAACUAGAGAACAAAGAGGACCCCAUGGAUAGGUUGCUUGUACCCCAAGCCUCCAUGAAAAAAGACUUUACAAAUAAAGAGAAGCUUCUUAUGAUCUCAAGAUCUCAUAAUAAUUUGAGUUUUGAACAUGAUGAAUUUUUGAGUAAUAACCUAAAGAGGGGAACUUCAGAAACAAGGUUUUAA